GUGAAGAGUGCAGUGUAAAGAGUGAUUGUUGGAGUGAGUGCAAUGUCAACGAGUUAAUUAAUCUGCCAAUUGAUAAAUUGGCAUUGCUGGUGGUAACAGAUCAUCAGUUUGCGACGACUCCUCCUGCAAUGAGGACGAAUUUUAUUUUACUGCUGCUCUGCUGUGCACUGGGAACUGUCACCAGCUAUUCAAAUUCCAUUCAGUGUAAAGAUGAAAAUGGAAAGAAUGUCGAUUGGUAUGUUCUAUACAAAUUACCAAAAAUAUCUGAGAGCUCGAAUCCCCUGAUAAGGGAUGGUGUGUCAUAUCUCUAUAUGACUAAUUCUACUGUUGGCGAUGGGUGGAAACUGUCCAAACGGAGUGUGGAAUCCGUACAAUCUAUGCCAGGACAGACGCUCGCGCUUCUGUACAAAGACAACGUAGCCAAGAAAUCAGCGUGGAUCAUGUACAAUGAUCAGCCGCCGAAUAAAUCAGUCUCCAUAAAAUACGGCCACACGAAAGGCGUCGUGAUGGCGAACGAGGAUCAGGGAUUCUGGCUUGUCCACAGUGUCCCAAAUUACCCUCCACAACCGGACACCGGUGUUGAGAAAAAAUGUAAAUCAUCGACUACCGAUGACUGCAGUUUCGAUAGUAAUGCUUUUCUGCAUGGAGAGUACUCGUAUCCAUCCUCUGGAAAAAACAAUGGCCAGAGCUUUCUGUGUAUUUCGAUUGGAGGUGCACAGAUGCGUGGCAUUGCCGAGCAACUUAUUUAUAAUCAGAUUAUAUCGUACAGGUACAAUGUACCUAGGGAAUUACCUCAGUAUUCAUUUCUUGUUAAUGCGGCGCAACGCCCGAGGAUAAAGGGACCUCCGUACUUUCGGAAGGAAGUGCUGAGGACCGUUGGUGGGAGCCAAUUCAUCUCCUUUGCUAAGGCUGACAAAUGGCAAAAGGAUCUGUACGAUGAUUUAGUUGCUCCACAAUUACAAACCGAUAUGCUGGCUGAAACCUGGCGGAACGGACGAGGGAAAUUGCCCUCGGAGUGCAAUGGAACCAAAGUUUACAAUGUGCAAUCUGUGGUGCUGGGCGCAGCGAACGUUGAGUUCAAAAGCUCGCGUGAUCACUCGAAAUGGGCGGUUGCAGUGGAUAGUAAGAAGAAUAAAAAUUGGGUGUGCAUAGGGGAUAUUAACAGAGCUGAUACGCAAUUCAAUAGAGGCGGUGGCACCGUCUGCCUCAAUUCCCCAGACCUCUGGAGGAGUUACAGAAAUUCUGUGAAUGACAUCGAACCUUGCCCAAGGAAGAGGGGGUUUAUACAGCGUAUAAAAGACUCUUUCGAACACCUUUUUUAUAAAUCCGAGAAUUGAAAAAAAAAAAACAACACAUGUAACAAGACAUGUGUAGGUUAUUUGGUUUAUAAUUUAGUUUAAACCAAAUUAUGUAUGCGACAUAAUUUGGCUUUUACACCAAACUAAUUUGGUGUAAACUCUGAUGAUAGAAAAGAAUAAACAUAAUUUUUUAAGUUGACCAUCUGAUCAAUUAAAAACAUCUUGAUUGGCUGGGGUACCUCCACCAUGAAUAUAAACACGUCCAACACAAUGAUUGUUGAUCAUUCAUUUAUUUCGAUUCAAGAAAAUUUGUGCAGUAAAAAAAAUCACUGAAUUAUGUUUCGUUCGAGGAUCAGCAGCUUCGCAAUUUCUCCUUCAAUUUCUAUGACAAUUGGCUAGACGUCAGACUGACGACAAAUUCAUGAUGCAAAUUUUCAGAUACAUUAUGGAUUUUUUAUAGUUUCAAUGCAAAUCGAUGGAAAUGAUGAAGGGAAAUACAUACAAGUUAUCAAUUAUUUUUUAGUCCCGUGGGAUAUUCUUUAAAAUUUAAAUCAACGUCUAAUGCAGAGCUGAAUUAUAUACAUUAAAAUCUCAUAAUGAUUUACAAAUGCGAGGAUUUUGUGUAACUCGUGUGGUAACAAUAAUAAAAUCUUUGAUAAAAUCAA